GCCAUGGGGAGCCGGGGUCCUGGUGGGCUGCCCCUGGUGCAGGCCCCCUACACGGUUCUGCUGCUGCCACUGGAGACAAGCCGCCAAGACCCAGGGGCCCAGCGCUUCUUCCUCUGGGUGAGUAUCAGUCCCGCAAGAGGUCCCGGGGAAGCCCCUCUCCCUAGAUCAGUCUCCUGCAAUUCCCCUCAAUUUUGAGGACUCGUAAGUUCAGCCCCUUGCUUUCCCUUGCCCUCCAGGUCCUCAGUGGCCAGCCUGGGCUCACACUCAGUGACCAGAUAGUGAACUGAACCACGGGUUAAGAGUAAGGGCCAUGCAUGGCCCAGAACCCUGCUGUGGAGUGAGUCAGCCUCUGCUUCUUGCCUUUUUCAGCUGCAGAGGAUGCAGGCUCUGGAGCGGGAACAGGAUGCCCUGUGGCAGGGGCUGGAUCUGCUGGAGCAUAGCCAGGCCUGGUAUGAGGGCCAUCUGAGGGAGGCCCAGCAACAGCAGCUAUAUUUGGGAGCCCUUGGUGAGAAUUUUCCAACAGAUUUACACUCAGAGCCUGGUGGCCCCCAGUUAGCCCGGAUUCAAAAGGUGAACAUCUGUUUGCAGAAUCUGAUUCAGGGGAAGUUCUCUCCACAUCCCCUGAACAAAGCUAGUUCCUGCGCCACCCAGGACUGGAAGGGAAGGCCAAGGAAGCAGAACGUGUGGCAGCAACACGUAAGCAGUAGAGGAGUGGGGGGAGGGCGGAAGCCCUGGCCCUCAGUGGGAGGGAGGGCACAGACACCCAGACCGUCUCCCUCCUCUUCUCCAGGUAGUGUCAAGGCAGCAGAAAGGAGUCACUCAGCCAAAGGGGGAGAUGGCUCAGCCAGGCUUCCCCAAUGGACGGAGGGGCCCUACCCGUGUCUAAUGUCUCCUCUGGUUCCCCUCAGUUGUGCUGGCAAGGCUGAGUCAGAACCCCCCAGCCUCCUUAUUCUGCUUCUUGACUCAAUAGCUAAAUGGCUCCAGGUGGCGGGUCAACUGAAAUUCUGACAUCUUGGUGUG